AAUGUCCAAAGCCAAAAAUCCUAAACUUAGGCUCUCGUUUCUCGAUUCAUUCCAAAUAUGUCGCCCGAAGAAUCCUUCUUCGAUGAUUCAAACAGCAAAUUUGCCUAAAAACGCCACUAAAUAUAGCAUUUUAUCCCAUCACAAAUCCAAAUCAUUCGACAUCUCCUUCCCGAGUUUCCCUUCCCUUCCCCCAUCCACACCGUCAAAUAAUACGAUAACCCCAUUUUGCACUACUCAAGAUCCAUCAAAACCAUGCACAAUGCUCCAAAAUAAGGAAAAAAACACAUGCAACUUGCCUAAUAAUAUAAUUCCCCCAAGUGAUCCACAAAGUUCAAGAACUGCAAAGAAAAAGGACAAGAACAAGACGGAAAAAAAUAUUUCUUCCGGUAAUAGUCACGAGGAAACUAUUUAUGAAGAGGAGCUACUUAUCAACGGAGGCGAGAAAUUACCGGUACUUAAGCAGAAGAGUGUUAGAGAGAGGAGAUUUAAGCGGUACGGUUCGAAAGAAUGGAAAGAAAGUGUGGGUUGUUCUUCUUCUUCUUCUUCUUCUUCUUCGUCGGGGGAGGGGUAUAAUUGUCAUAGUUUCGUUGUGGUGAAGAGGUCUGCGGACCCGUACGAGGAUUUCAAGAAUUCGAUGUGUGAAAUGAUACUCGAGAAACAGAUUUUUGAGCCUGCAGAAUUGGAGCAGCUCUUGAUGAGUUUCCUUUCCCUCAACUCGAGAAUGCACCACAAAGUCAUCAUCGAGGCUUUCACCGAGAUUCUCAAGGAAGUUUUCUGUGGGUGAAACCAAAACCAAGUCUCGAAGC